CUUGAGGAAAAAAAAACCAGAAAAGCUGUUUCACACGAAGCGCCUUUUUUUAUCUAUGAUCGCUCACACUCCUUUUUUUAUCUAUACGGGAAACCGCUACGGUAAUUUCGUAGUGGGUUCUCUCCUUUAAAACCUCAAUCGGCACUCCAAAUUCGGCCCCGGUGACUCUUUUCGAUGGAUUACGAAGUGGAAUUCCGCUCCUAUACGGACAAUGCAUGGUACAGCGUGCGGCUUGUAUUCGAAGGAGAGAAACUCACCGUCAAGUACAGAAACUUCUCCGACGAUCAAGACGACGUUUUCGAGCCUGGAGGCUUCAAUUCUCUUGAGGAAUUGGAGGAGUUCCAAGGGCGAUUCCGGCCGGUGUCUCCGCAACUGCAGGACAGUGAGUGUCACAAGGUGGUCAAAGGCAUGGUUGUCUGCGCCGCCUACACGUUCAACCCCAAUGAUGUCCGUUUCUACGACGCCAUCGUCGAUGAGGUAGUUCCUCGGAAGCAUUCUUUUGAAAAUGGAGGAGAGGAAUGCCGCUGUACUUUCAUUCUUUUGUGGCAAUCUGCUGGUUGUUUGAGCUCUAACAAUAUUGAAAGCAUGUGCUUGAUCCAGCAGAAUGCACAACUCAACCCUAUGGUGUCCUCCUUUCUGGAAAUAGCGAGGAAGAAAUAUGGAUUUGUCUCUCACAUGGACAACCCCAUUAGAGUUAGUAGCUCACCUCUCAAACGCAAGUCAACUUUUGCAGAACGGUUGCAGCAGGGAAAAAAGUGUGCCAAGCGGUCUCCGAGCAAAAUUCAUCCAUCAAAAGAUUUACCCUUAGGUUUUAUCGCUAAAGAAACACAAGAUUCUUGGAAGACGGGGAAGAUUGGCAAUCACUACGAAAGGAUUGAACAAGAUGCAGAUAUUGGGGGGUGUAAUAGAUGUCAUGUAGUUUUGAUCAACAAUUUAGAUAAAGAAUUAUCUCCAUCAACAAUUAUGGAGUUCAUACACAAACAAACUUUGGUCUCAAUCUAUGCACAUGUUUUGCCAAGUUCAUUGUCAGAGACAUUUACAAGUGCAUUAAUUGUGUCUGAUUGCAAGGAGAAUCUUGAGAAGUUGUGUGAAUUUUUGGAGAGCCCCGACCAUAUUAUAACGUCUGCUAGAGGAAGGCCGUGGGUGGUAACUCAAAAAUUCUCUUGGCAUGACGCAUGUCGGAUGUCUCAUGAGAAAUUGAUGUUUAAAUCUCAGAACAAAAUACCAAAUAGAAUUGGUGGGAUUGGUAAUGAACUACAGGUUGUCCAUUCUGGAACCGGGAAAUACAGGACUGCAAAGGAGCUGAGGGAUUUAUUCAUGGAGUUUGCUAAUCAUCAACAGCAAUUGCACAAGAGGCUAGCUGCUGCGGAGGCAGAGAUCUCGCGACGAUCAGUUUAGAGUAUAGAAGUGGACGACUAGAUUGUGCUUAGAGUGUUUCUUUUGAUCGUUUGACAUAUCUCUCUUGUUAUGGUUAUAUAUUUCUGAAGUCGAAACUUUUUGAUCGACUUUGUUACGUAACGUUGACAUAGGAAAAUUCUCAAUAUUCAGAUAUGCUAUGUAUAUGUUAAUUUUUUUU